AUGCUCCGACGCGCGCACCUUGGAUUUAAAUUGACGGUUCGUCUCCUCUUGGCAGUGGGUUUUCUCAGUUUAGUGACUUUUGCUGGUCAGUGGGUCUACAGCCCCUCGGAUACCCCUAUAAUCACGUACAUAAGCCCCUGCAAAACCAACUGGCUACGUCUAAGAGCCUCGCACGAGACAAACACCUUUAAGGUGUCAAUUGCAGUGGAGAUUGCGAAUGACAGCCAUGGCAGCGGCAGUAACAUCAAUAGUGACAAUAGGUGGGUCGGUCGACACUUCCGACGACGUCAUUAUCAACAGCGAAUUUAUACAUUUGCGGACUUGGCUGACCUUCCGGAUCGCCACUGGAGACGCCCGAUUCCCCCUGCGGUUUACCUACUCUAUCCGCAAGCCCUCGAUAUGAAGAAGGUGGUGGCUGACAUAGCGAGCUGUCGUCCCAUUCCAGAGGUCAGUAUGAAAAACCCAAAUUAG